AUGGUGAGAAAGAGGUAAAGAGAAGAUCUAAGAUUUGUCACGGAUAAAAAGGAGGGAUGAGAUGUAGGGGACAUUCGAACGCAACAACGCGCCACCGAGUAGAAGUUGAAAGAACUUCUCCGAAAAAUUGACAAAGAAAAACAAAAGAAUACAGAAGGAGCAGACAUUUUGAAAGAUGUUUUGAUGAGAUUAGAUUAAGCAUUUCGAACCACUGCAGAGCGAUUUCGCAGAUUUCAAAUCGGGCCCUUGUUAGCCGAGGUGGAGUGUUUCUGGCGGCGCAGAGAGUUCGCGUGUUACACUGCGGAGUCCGAGUCCGCAGAGUACACGAGGAGCCAGUCUCGCCGGUCCAGCUCCGUCCACUAUUCUCGCCUUUCCCUUAUCCCUCGCUCGUCAUAACGCACAAGAAUCCGUCAGGAUCUACUCGAAAAGUAACGUCCGAUAGUUAUCAGAAGGUAAUGGCAGUGCCGGAGCUGGUAAUAGGAAGAAUCUUCAGAAAGAAAAAUGGUAAACGAGUCGACUCUAUCUGAGGAGCCAAGCACCAAAAAGGAGGAAAAAGAAGAAAUCUGCGCUGCAGAAGAACACCGCGACAAGGUUAUCCAUCACUGGUCAAUCCGCAUGAUUAACUAAAACAGUGAACUCUCAAGUUAACUCGGGUUAUGACAACGGUCAAUCAAUAUAUGAAAUGUUGUCUAACUAUGUCAUAUAGUCAAAAUUUCAAUUUUUUCAAUACUAUACGUGUGCAUUCCGAGACUGUCCCAAUACUAUUUGGAUUCGCGAGGGUUGAAGAAGCUUUAUAAGCGUGCUGCCGGCUAGCACACCGAUAGCUAUCUAGUUAUUGACUGACGCUGUGGAUACCUCGAUUGACCUUUGAUUUUUCGGGGUAGAGCCACUAGAAAAUCAACUAGUUCUCAAUGAGUAAAGUUAUUUGUAAGACGGUAAAGUGAUAUUUUAAAGAUGAAUAUUUACUUGUACAGUUCAAUCCGGACGCCUACCUCGAGUCCUUCUACAAAUCGGCGUCCGAGGACACGGCCAUGCAAGUCGUUCUUUUCUUCUUGCCCGGAAUCCUGUAUCGACUGCCUUCGGAGCUGGAUUCCGUUCUUGAUUUGGGCGCAGGUACUUCCUUCUUCACUCAAAUUUAUCACUGAUAAUUAAAAACACUUGAUUUCUAUAUCUAAUUUUGAACCACUCUCCAUCUAUUUCGACGACAAAACCAAUCUACAAAUUUCAGUCGAAAUAUACCAUUUUGCGAUGAUUAGGUUUAAAGUAGUGUGGGAAAGAGAGCUCGCUUUCGCUCCAAUCGAAAUAAGAGAUCAGCAAACACAUUUUGAAAUUGAGGACCUACCGUAUAUUUGCCAAUUGCCCUUCGAGAUCGCGCCAAGUCCAUUUACACGUCCGACUACGCCCCCGCAAACCGGGAAAAGCUUCAAAGUUGGAUUGAAAAUAGGUUUUUUUCUAAUAUAAAAAAAAGACAAUAUGAGGAGGGGAAAACGGACUUUUUCCAGAAUAUAGCAAACAACAGAAUUUCUGAUCCAGACGUUUUGAUCACAUUCAAACACAGAAGAUAUUCAUAUUUUGAUUUCUUUACCUUUUCUUUUAUGAGACGAUCUCUGCAGUAGGUAGAAAGGUAGAACAGCCAUUUAUCGGGAUCUUGAGAAAUCUUAAACCUUAAAGACAUUUUUGGAAGAGCCCAAAAACACAGAGGAAUAUUUAUUAGGUCGACAUUCAACUGGGAGAACGUGUGCAAGUGGAUAGGAAACAUAGAAGCGACGAUGGAAAGUCCGCAGGAGAUGCAGGAAAAGGCGCGACGGCUGUUGAAAGCCGUUCUUGAGGUCGACGUCCACGCGGCUCCCGUCGUGCGUGGAGUCCACUGGAAGGUCGACGGCUGUGGCGAGAUUCCUCGAAAGUUCCAGGUGAGAAAAGCGUCCGACGGCCUCCAGAAUCGCUCAGGUCGUGUCUACUGUGUUCUGUCUGGAAUACUCGUGCGAGACGCUUCAAGGCUACUUCCAGGCAGUCAAAGGCGCUUGCUCUCUGAUCGAAGACGGCGGAUAUCUGGUUCGUUUCCAAUCGAACAAACGUUCAAACGCUUUCUUAGAUCCAAGGUGGCGUUUUGGACGCGACAACUUAUAACUUCGACGGGAAGACUUUUCGAUGCCAUUGUCUCAAACAAAACCAUAUUAUUGAGGCUCUUAAGGUGAUUACGUUCUAAGAAUUCGUAAAGUCUGACUGGCCGGUUGAAACUCCCAAAAAGUUCCGAUGUCCUCACAAAACUUCUUUGCCAACUUUCGAGCUUAAUUUUGCUCUGAACUAUUUUAACGCUGAAUUAGUCGUUUUUUAAUUCUUAGAUCAUGAUUCAAUUAUCAUGAAUACAAACCUUUCAGAAAAAUGGAAUGGCAUCUGCUGCUUCGGACGGCUACAAAUUCAUCACACACGACGACAUAUUCCUAUUAAUUUCCAAAAAAUUGAAAUAA